AUGAUGGACUGGUCGGAUGAUGAAGAUUUUGUAAAUGAAGGUUCAGGUUCAGGUGAAGAAUCCCCAGUUUUAGCACCAUCAUCUAGAGAACCUGUCAUUGUUCGCAUUACUACAAAAAUUACAGAACCUUGGAAAAUUGUCAAAGACCUUCGAUUUGAGCUUUCUGCAGAAUUUCUUAUCUGUCGUUGUUUGCAUUACCAUUUGGCACAUUAA